AUGAAGUUUUCACGUAGAGCAGAGUUCAUAUGGGCAAUACCGAACCGCGAUGAUCUGCGGCGCAAUGAGAGUGUUCUCAAAGCUCAAGCAUUUAUCUGCUUUCAUAGACAAAACUACAAAGAACUCUACCGUAUUCUUGAAACCAACCAGUUCUCACCAGAGAAUCACUCCGAAUUGCAAGAUUUAUGGCUUAAAGCGCAUUACAGCGAGGCAAAUAUUUAUGCUGAGAAAAUACGUGGUAGAGAGCUAGGCGCCGUUGGUAAAUAUCGAAUAAGGCGGAAAUUUCCACUGCCACGAACAAUAUGGGAUGGUGAAGAAACAAGUUAUUGUUUUAGAGAGAAGUCGAGGUAUACAUUGAAAAGUUGGUACGCAAAAAACCCUUACCCGUCACCAAAAGAAAAGAAAGAAUUGGCUGAGGAGACACAUCUUACGGUUACACAGGUAUCAAAUUGGUUCAAAAACAGGAGACAGCGAGAUCGAGCUGCGGAAAACAAGGAAAGGUUAGAAUUACAUCACAGUUCAGUAUUCGAUAAAUCAAACAAACAUUUUCCUGUACGGCCUGAUUCAAAGUACAGAAGCAGUCCAGAGUUUGCCUUUUGUCUCUUGAAAAUAAGUAAAUAA